UGCCAUUAGCGAGAAAUAAGAGGAUUGAGAGGAGAUCUUAAAAUGGAAGGAUUUCGUAGUAUAUAGGUUUCGAAUGGUUGCGAAUACAUUUAUUAAGAUUUCUCUAGUGGCACUGAAAAGUACUAUCUUAUAGAAAAAUGUUUAUUACGUUUUUUAUUUCUAUCCUUGUGACAGCGUAUGUUACAGCGGAACUACCUUCUUAUCUUCAUCCGUGUGGCCGCAAAGAACCAAAUUAUGAUCAGUGCAUCGCGAAUAAUGUUGAAAAUCUAAAGGAUAAAAUCUGCAUAGGGAUUCCAGAACUAAACAUUUUACCAAACGAGCCACUUAUUAUUAAAAAAUUAGUUAUUUACGAUGCUCCCAAUACCAAAUUGUAUCUUAGAGAUGGUAAAAUAAGUGGAUUUUGCGAUUUUUGUCGUUAAUUCUGUUCACGGAGAUCCUGACAAACUUCAUUAUGAUUUUGAUCUUUUUAUGAAACAUCUUCGAAUGAAUACCACGUAUGAUUUUGACAUACGUUUAUUGGUGGAUAUCGCUCACAAGGGUAUUGUUCACGUUACUAUGGAUAACGUGAGAGCAAAAAUAGGAAUAGAUAUGAAAGUAAUAACUAAAAAUGACAAAAAAUAUAUAUAUAUAUCAAAAAUGAAUACGAUUCUCACUUUGACAGAAUUUACCUAUAAAUUUGAUGAGAGCGAAAAGGAAAUGAUUCAAUUGCAUGAAAUAAUUAAUAAUGUUAUACAGAACGAUAAAAAGAAUAUUGUUAGUAAAGUUAAACCGGCACUGGAAGAGACGGUUACUAAACGCAUUAUUUCAAUAUUAAAUGAUGCAUUUUAUACUCGUUAUGAGGAAAUAUUUCCCGAAAGAACAUAAGUUGUUUAGCAUUUGUUGAGUUCGCUUUGUGUUUUUAAUUUUGCCAUAAAUUGUAUUAUGAUAUUUUAAUAUUUCAGCUGGAUUUUCAGUAAAGAAACAUUAUUUAAUUAUUAUUGUUACAGUAUAUAUUGUAAAAGUAAAAGCAUAAAUUUGUAUAGAAUAGAAUAAUUAAUUAGACAUUUUCUUUGUCCUUGUGUAUCUUGUAUUUUACAUUUAUUGGAACAAAAAUUUGGAAUGAAGAAAUAUACACAGU